GAGGAUUGAGUACUAUAAGAAUGAUUAUCAGAGACAUCUCAAAAAAGAUUUUGAAUGUUUCCAGGAGCAUUAAAAAAAUGCUCAAUCCACCAGCCACUUAAACUAUCUCAUGUUCAUUUCCUUAAAACCUGAUUUAUAAAUUUGUCUCUGAAAAUUUUACGCAGUAAACAAAUGUACCACAUUUUUAGCCACAAGAUAUUAAAUUUCAUUUGAUUGUAAUCAAGGCAAAAUGUGAGCAGCAAUAGUAAUUGAUAUUUUUAGACUAAACAAACUUCCUUAUUAGUUUUAUAUCAUGGAUCAUAUUUAUCAUAUACUUUUAGGAUACAAAUACCACGGUUGCUAGACCUCAAGCACAUCCUGACAGAAGUGGUGUUACAGCAAUGUCUUUUGGAAGUCAUGUUGAAAGCUCUGCUCUGUCCAUGAGUAAAGACAGCUUAGAAGAAGCAGGUCUAGCAAAGUCCAUGGAAAAGAGAAAGCCUUCACACGAGGAAAUACUCGAGAGGCUUGGAUCAGGAGACGUUGAGGAUACUUUAACUAACAGUGGUGAACCAAAAACAGGAGUAACUCUUGGUCCAUCCUCUCCAGUUCCCCAAUCAUUUUCUGCUAAACCUACCAGCAUGGGACUGGACACCAUGAAUGAGUUAGCUGAUAAGGAAAGAUUCUUUGAAGGUAUAGAAGGUGGUACAUCUUCUGUAGACUACAACAAGAAACUCAAAGAGAUAUCAACUUCUGAGUCAGUUGAUACACAGAAUCAAUUGGACAACGAACAUCUGCAAGCAACAGGAGCUGAACUUGGUGACUCUAUAUUCAAUAUAACAGGAACUUCUGACAAAAGAGACAAAGCUGUUGAAGAGGAAGAGAAGGAUGAAGAGAAUGGCGGAGAUUACAGUGAUAACUUUGAAGAAGGACACGAAGAAGUAGACGAUGAACAUCCUGAUGAUGAAAACACUGAAAAUACUGAACAACCAGCUAGGCCUUCAGCCCCGGAGCCUGCCGAAGAAGCGAAACCGAGUAUGCUGUCUAAAGUGUCGUUGAUGGAAUCUUUAGAUUCUACGUUGGAAACCAAGAGACCCGCUGCAGCGCUUAAUCUUCUAUCACAACAAAAACAACGUCAAGUUGGCUUCUCUUCUGAAGGAUUUAAGCAGAGCCCGACAUCUAAAAAUGAUAGCCAAACAUCUUUGUUGAAGACCGGACCUGAUUACGAGGCGAGUGGAAGCACAACAGACAUUCAUGAAUUGCAAGCUGCGCUACAAGCUGCCCAGCUAACUGCGACUGGUACAGGCUCCAAAUACUCAGGUAAUUUCGAUCUUCCACCGUCUGGUGCAGCGACACAGAGUGUGGACCAGCCGGAUGAACGGCAGAUCAUCAUCGAAAAAAACGAACAAGGGGCAACACGUUCUCGGGGUUUCGACCUACAACCGGUUGUGGUGACAGAUGACUGGGUUUCUGCCAAAUACAAUGGAAUCAUACCUAGCCAAGAAAAACUCAGUUCUAUAAACGAAGAAAGAAGUUUUGGAUUGAAGCCCGUGCGGGCAGAAGGCGAUCGUAAAGCAAGCUUUGAGUCUAGUUUCGAGUCAUCCGAUGCAGGAACUGUGGCAGGCACUGUGUCAGGCACAGUGGAUCAACGUAGUCUUGAUUUGGCUCCAGCGCUUGGCGGGUAUACCGAAGAAGGGCGGGGAUUUGAUUUACAGCCCGUUGGCGAGGCAGCUGGCUUCAGUCUGCAGCCAUCACCCCAGGUGAGAGGCUUCGACUUAUUAUCUGCAGUUGCUGCUUCGCCCGGGGUAAUGGUAGGGGGUCAAGAGUAUGAUGUACAGCCAGCAUCAGAGUCAAGGGGUCUAGACCUUAGCCCUGCGGUCAGCAACUCGUACGGAAUUACUCAGGAUGGGCGUGGAUAUGACCUGCAACCGGCAGAUGAAAGGAGUGGCUUCAGCUUACAGCCUGUCGUGAACUUAAUGCAAGCGGAAAAGGAAACACAGGAGGACGACGAUGAUGAUGAUGACACUCCUCCCCCGGAAAGCUUACAGAGUAUUAAGAGUAUAGCACGAGCUAGGAAAAGCGCAGGAGGGAAUAGUCUCAAGAAGAGCGCAGAGAUGAGUGUCUCGGAUAAAAAAGCGUCAAAGACCGCUAAAAAGAAGCCAGGCAAGAAAACAACACCUGUUGAAAAAUCCCAGCAGAAGAAGGAAAAGGGAAAGGCGUCCGGCGGUCAUGCAGACAAGAGCAAUCUUUUUAAGCCCUCGCCUUCGUCUGGUCCAUCCUGGUCGCCUACGCCCACCAUGAGAAGCACUAAAACGAAGACCAAGAAAUCGUAUGGUGCGAGUAAAAAGCUGCCUGUUGAAAGCCCUGCUGCUUCCAAACCGACUAACACAAGUCCUUCCGCCAAACAACUGGCUGCUUCCGUCGAAUCAUUUGCAAACUACUUGAAACAUAUUGUCCGACCCGGAAAUGACGACACUCAGGCACCACCGGCAAGGUGGUCGGACGACGAGCCCGCCAAAUCGGUGUCGCGAACAUCCUUCCGGAGACUGUCCGACGAACACCGACUGUCCCGCGAAAGGGCAUUGCAUGCGGAGGUGGAGAAUUGGCAACUUGCAUGGAAGGACGAGAAGAAGAGAAACGACAAACUGAUUGCGGAUAUGGCUUCGCGUGAGAAGGAGUGGUCACGAACAGAGGAAAGGUGUCGUCUUGAAUAUGAAAGUCAGAUUCACGAGCUCAAACAAGAGCUGUUCGUUAUGCAGUCAAAGCUUAACGAGACCGAGAAAGAAGCUAACGUGAGGAAAAGAGUAGCGGCUGGGGGGAAGCUCGAGGUUGCUUCCGAGGAGGAUAUGAAAAGGUUGGAGAAGGAGGUUAGGGAACAAGAUCAACUUUUAACAGGAUAUCAACAAGAAAAUGAACGGCUUUAUAAAGAACUCAAACAAAUACAGGCCAAAGAGAAGGCAAGCGAGGCUAGGAUGUUCAGUGAAAACCAAAAGCUGGCAUCGGAACUCGCCAUCCUGAAAGAGAAAGUAGAACGACGUGAAAGUGGGGAACCUGGUUCAGACUUUCCAGCUCCAGGCUCCGCCACAUUAGGCGCGGAUAAAAUCUCCCAAUUGACAGUGGAGGUGAGGUCAUUAAGGAGGCGAGUGAGUGAGGUACAGGACGAGGCAGAUGAGCUGAGACGAGCCAAGCAAGACCUAGAAACACGAAUUAGAGGGAUUGAAAUUGAGAGGGAUGCUGCAGUGAAGCAGAGCAGUCAAGUUUUAGGCUCAAACACCAGAGAAGUCGCCGAACUUGAAAGUCGACACGCGGCGGAGGUUGAACGCUUGCGCACCAAGCUCAAAUGGUAUGCAGAGACCCAGGCCCUUCUCGACCGUGAUGCUAUCACGCUGAAGAAGAAAGACGAAGAAAUCAGCGAGCUUAAAGAAACAGUUGUCCGGUUGCAGGCCCAACACGGCCAAACAGUGGCAGAGAAGAAACAGAGGGGAGUGGAGAGGAGUAAUGAUGCAAAGAGGAUACAAGAUCUUGAGCGGCAGGUCCGUGAGAUGGAAGAGAUCAUCAAACGCCGAUAUCCAAACUCACUUCCGGCUCUUAUUUACGCCGCUGCCUCAGCACCAGGCCAAGCGCAAGCUGUGACGACCGAGUCACCUCGCAAACAUUCACCGACUUAUGCGUUCCUCGAGAGUCGAGUGAAAAAGCUUGAGGCUGAACUGGAGGAUAAAGAUGAGGAAGCAAGUAAAAGAAUUCGAUGCGUCGAACAAAAGUACAAUGCGCUGAGAUUAGAGUAUGAAGAGAGAGUUAACGACCUGGAAAAAGAUUUACUACGCGCAAAUGAAGACAAUGAAAAAAGUUUUAGAUCAAAAACGCGCACUAAAAUUCUCGAAGAGGAACUUCAAAGAGCGCGUGAGGCGAAUGACGAGAAAGUUAAGCUGCUUCAGACUGAAAUCGAAGUCCUUCAGGACGCUCUGUCUAAAGCAUCAGCGGCUGAGGGUGCAAAAGGCAGUCGUAAGAAGAGAUUGGAGUUCGAGAAGCGAGCGACUGAUGAUGCAAGUCUCGUGAAUCAGCCUCUUCAGGAAAAACUCGAAAAGAAGGAGGCGGAGUUGGAGGAUUUGAGGCAAACAUGUAAUAGAUUGCAGCGAGAGAGAGAACAGAUGCUCGCCACAGAAGGUCACUUAGUGGACAGGUAUACGAGCCCUAAACCAGACCCUCUUGUUGAUGACUUGACACUUGAGAAUAAGCGACUUAAAGAGCAGGUCUCGCACUUGUCUCUGGAUAUGGAUCAACAACGGGUUCGUUACCAGGCUUCUCUAGCGGAGAGCGAGCGAAGUACCCGGCUAGCUCGCGAAGAGACAACUGACCAGCUGGCAAGUGUGCAGGCUCAACACAAGCGUGAGAUAGAUCAGUUAAAAGCUAGUUUUGCUGCAGAACACGGGUCUUCUAAAAUAGCCGAGCUCAAAAGUCAGCUAGCAGGUCAGGAGUUUGUUAUUCAGCGACUCAAGGCGAAGAUGACUGAUACGACUGUCAACACUGAGACAAUAGCGGCAGCAAGGGUUCGUGAGGAAUCUCUUCAAAAGCAGGUUACUCAACUUCAGACAGAUCUGAAGCGUGCUAAGCAGAUGUUUACACCGGAAAUGAACCACUUCGACUCACUAGAGGCUAAAAUUGCUGCUCUUGAACAAAAGCAUUCUCAAAGAGAAGUGGACUUACAGAGGGUUAUAGAAAAAACCCACCUUACGGCAAAGAUCGAGAAAGAAGAAACGGAGGCGAAAUGGAGACAGGUUGUGCGACAGAAAAAUCGGGAAAUCGAGAAAUUUAGAUUAGAACUUGACGGUAUUCUAGAAGUGCUUAGUGAACUGAAACGCCAGGGAGUGGUCAUACCGUUCAGAAAUGGAGAAGGGUUUGCGCCUUGAAGGAAGGCUUGCCUGUUUCCAA